AUGAAGCUGAACAUGUUAGCACAGCCUUUACACUGGGGCCUCCUGCUUCUUUGUAUAGUAAGCCUCUGCAGCCCGCUAGUGUCCACUGGCAACCGAAGCUCAAGAGGACAGACAGGGUCAUCACAGGAGAGGACGGGGACUUGUGAAGUGGUUGCUGCCCAUCGUUGCUGCAAUAAGAACAAGAUUGAAGAACGCUCUCAAACAGUCAAGUGCUCCUGCUUCCCAGGACAGGUAGCAGGGACAACAAGGGCUCUGCCCUCUUGUGUUGAAGCUUCUAUUGUGCGUCAGAAGUGGUGGUGUAAAAUGGAGCCGUGCCUGGAGGGGGAGGAGUGCCGAGUUCUCCCUGACCUUACUGGCUGGUCAUGCAUCUCUGGGAACAAAGUAAAGACCACUAAGGCACAGUGGCGCGGUAGCAAGACGGAGGCUCCAUCUAAUCAGGACAUGCCCGCCUGGCCUUUAGCGGUCACUUGA